AGUUCUAUCAAAAAGAAUACAUUGUCAAAUACAGUGAGGACACCAGUAGUCUGCUGAAAGAAUCAGAAGAUGCAGAUGAUAAAAUAAAAGGAAGAUUAACAUUGAAAGAAAAAUUACUCCUUUUAAAACCACUGAUGAAAUACAUGAUACCUCUGUGUUUAGUGUACAUCGCUGAAUACUUUAUUAAUCAGGGACUAUAUGAACUUCUGUAUUUUAAUCACAUUUGGCUCUCUGAGAAAGAACAGUAUAGAUGGUAUCAAGUGGAUUACCAGUUAGGCGUGUUCAUCUCCAGGUCAUCUGUCAAUGUGUUCAAAAUCAACAAACUGUGGACUCUUCCAGUGUUACAGUGUGUUAAUGUUGCAAUACUCACAGCCCAAGUCUUUCUGCGGUUCAUCCCCAAUAUCUGGAUCAUCUUCGCCCUUGUCUUGUUUGAGGGACUUUUGGGGGAAGCCGCCUUUGUCAAUACGUUCUACAAGAUCUCAGAGGAUAUUGAGGCAGAAUUCAAGGAAUUUAGCCUGGCAGCUGCUACUAUUGCUGACUCCGUGGGAAUUUCUAUCGCUGGUGCGAUCUCCAUUCCAGCUCACAACCAUAUAUGUUCACUCAAUCUGAAAAUGUGAAUGUCUCCUGUAUAUUGUAUAAAAAUGAUGACUGUAUGGACAUUCUCCAACACUGUGUUAGUGCUAACCAUAAUUAAUUUCUUUAUACUUAAAAGACAACAAGUAUUUUAAUUUGAUGGCAUAUAAUUUUGAUGGAAUGUCAUGAUAAGUCUGCCCUUCUUUCCUCCCUUCUAUACCAUGAAAGGGAUACUACAUGCACUAAUACAUGCUGGAAUUUUAAAUCUUUUAGAAAUAGUCUGUGAUGAAAUGUCAAUAUUUCUCUUAAAUUUAAAGGUUAAGUUGCUAUGAAUAUUCAAAAGCUUGUGUGUGUGUUGCUAAAAUGUAUGAUAUAAUUUUGAAUGAUGAUAUUUGAUAUUAAAUGGAUAUUUAAUUUUGAAAUAUUUAUGCAGCAUGUAAGCUCCAAAUGCGAAGUACAUAAUAUUUGACUCUAUAUUAAGAAAGAUAACUCUUUGCAGAAUAAAUGACUAAUUUAUAGAGAAUGUUUUAACAUUGAUAUGUGCAAUUAACUGCGUACAGAAUUUAACUUCGUCUAAAAUUGUCAGAAUAAAACGUUUACUGUACAUUCAAAUGGAUUAUUAAAUCCAACAUGUUCAUCAACUUU